AUGGCCUCCAAUACUCUCCAUUUCCAUAGCCAAGAAAAUCAAGAAAUCAUAGUAGUUGUUGUCCCUUUUCCAGCACAAGGCCAUCUAAAUCAACUUCUACAACUAUGUAAACUCAUUGCAUCACACAACAUACAAGUCCAUUAUGUUACAACCAUGACGCACAUUAAUCAAGCUAAAUCAAGAGUUCAUGAUCCAUAUUCAUUCAUCAACAACAACAACAUCCAUUUUCAUGAACUCUCAACACCAUUCUUCAACUCCCCUCCUUCCAACCCGAAUUCCACGAUCAAAUUCCCAAGCCAUCUCCAACCCUCGUUUGAGUCAUCUUCUCAUCUACGUAAACCUUUGUCCAAACUCCUAGCUGUCCUCUCGUCUAAAGCAAAGAGGAUUGUCAUCAUACAUGACUCAUUAAUGGGAUAUGUAGUUCAAGAUUUUGUCUACUUGCCUAAUGCUGAGGCUUAUGCUUUCCAUAGUGUGUCAGCAUUCACAUUGUUCUUGUUCAUAUGGGAGAAUAUGGGAAGGCCUUUUGAUAUUGAUGCAAAUUUUCUAAAAGAUGUUCCAUCACUUGAAGAUUGUUUUAGUCCUGAAUUUGAGAAAUUCAUUAAAUUACAACAUGAUUAUAUGAAGUUCAAUUCAGGGAGGAUUUACAACACAUGUAGAGUUAUAGAAGGUCCUUUUCUUGAUUUGUUGUCAAAGGAACAAAUAAGUAAUAACAAGAAGCAAUGGGCCCUUGGACCAUUCAAUCCUGUUUUAGUACAACAAUAUGGGACCAAAAGUUGUCACAAGCAACAUGAAUGUCUAAUUUGGCUCGAUGAACACGAGCCAAACUCCGUUGUAUUCGUGUCAUUUGGGACCACGACUUCAUUUUCUGACGAACAAAUCAAGGAGAUUGCAAUUGGAUUGGAGAGGAGCGAGGUGAAGUUCGUUUGGGUGCUGAGGGACGCGGAUAAAGGGAAUGUUUUCUCGAAGGAUCAUCAAUCAAGAAAGAUUGAAUUGCCAAAAGGGUUCGAGGAGAGAGUUAAAGAUAAAGGGAUUGUGUUGAGAGAUUGGGCACCUCAGUUGGAAAUCUUGGCACAUUCUUCUGUUGGUGGUUUCAUGAGUCAUUGUGGAUGGAAUUCGUGCAUGGAGAGCAUUUCCAUGGGGGUGCCAAUAGCCGCGUGGCCAAUGCAUUCGGAUCAACCCCGAAACACCGUAUUGGUCACGAAGAUUUUAAAAGUUGGCUUAGUUGUUAAGGAGUGGACACGUAGGCACGAGGUGGUGACACGUGGCAUGGUGCAAGCAGCAGUUGAAAAAUUAAUGGCGUCUAAAGAAGGAGAAGAAAUGAGGAAUAGAGCAAUGGAUUUGAGUGGAGCUCUUAAGAAUUCAGUAGCAGAAAGUGGCAUUAAGAAUAUGGAGUUGGAUUCAUUCAUUUCUCACAUAACAAGGCAAAUUUGAUCAACCCUAGAUCAAUCAGCUAUGUUGGUUGGAUUCUUCAAAAAUGUCGACUGAAAACAUGUCAGAUCUUCUAAAAUUAGUGCAUAAGGAUCUGACAUAGGUGUGACGACAUUUUUGCAAAGUUCGAGCAACAUAGGAUCAAGGAUCAAUGUAUGUACCAUCUCCAUUCAAUGGUUGUCAUUGUGCCACAAGUGCCUUAAUUUAUAUAUAUUUAGUAGUGCAUGUUUUAAAUAACUAA